AUUCAAAAGUGUUUAGUUUUUCAUAGCAGCAAGUCGUCGUUGUUGGUUUUAUUCACAAGUCAGCUAAUUUUACAAAGAAAUUGCAUAAGUCAUACUUGCAUACCAACAUACAUAUAUGCAUACAUAGUUACUAUCUUGCUGGUGCAGUGAAGUGUAGCUUACAGUAAUUCGCGAUCAGCAGUUUUUCGCUUUAGCUGAAUUUAUUAUUUGUUGUUAACUACCGGCGAGUGAAAGGAAAGCAUUUUCCAAGAAAAGAAAAAAAAACGGAAGAAAUUACAAACAGUGCUAGUGCAAGUGCAAGUGCAAAGCAGUGCAACGAAAGUCAUGGCUCAACCACUACGUAUUGCCAUUAUUGGGCAGAGCAAUUUUGCCGCCGAUGUGUUGGAGCUAAUAUUAGAGAAGAAGUACAAUGUUGUGGGCGUUUUUACCAUACCUGAUAAGGGUAGCCGUGAAGAUAUCUUAGCCACUACAGCAGCAGGUCAUAACAUUCCUGUCUUCAAGUUCGCUUCAUGGCGUAAAAAGGGUGUUGCCUUACCGGAAGUAUUGCAGAAAUACAAAUCUGUAAAAGCUACACUCAACGUACUACCCUUCUGCUCACAAUUUAUACCAAUGGAAGUUAUUGAUGGUGCCGAUUUGGGUAGCAUUUGUUAUCACCCUUCCAUAUUGCCACGUCAUCGUGGCGCUAGUGCUAUACAGUGGACAUUGAUUGAAGGUGAUGCAGAUGCUGGCUUCACUAUCUUCUGGGCUGAUGAUGGACUCGACACUGGUCCAAUUUUAUUGCAAAAGCAAGCGCCAGUUGAACCCACCGAUACGCUGGAUACUAUCUAUAAGCGAUUCCUCUACCCCGAGGGUGUAAAGUCGAUGGGUGUGGCUGUUGAUAUGGUAACUGCUGGUACGGCACCAAAAAUCACACAAACCGAAAUAGGUGCCACCUAUGAUCCAGCCAUGUUUAAAGAAGAGAAUCAAUUUGUUGAUUUGCAUCAGCCUGCCAGAAAUAUAUUUAACUUCGUGCGCGGCUUGGACUCACAGCCAGGUGCUCUAGCGAUUGUAUUGAAUUUGAAUGGUAGUGAGGAGAAGAUACGCUUGUUCGGCGCGCAUAUAUACUCCGCUGGACCAGUUAAGCAGUUGGGCUCACUGAAACUUAAAGGUCUAAAGACGCCUGCUUAUAUACAUCAAGAUGGCUUACUCAUACAGGGUACAGAUGGUAACUUUGUAAAUGUACGUCGCAUCAAGAAGGGUUCCAAGAUGAUUAACGCUGCCGAUUGGUUCAAACAAAGCGAUCAACCACAGAUCACUGAGUUCAGCGAAGAUGAAUUGUUGAAGAAAGAGAUUUUGCGCAGUGUUUGGAAUUCCAUACUUAAGGCGCCAAUUGAAGCAGAAACUGACUUUUUUGCAGCCGGUGCUGGUUCCAUGGAUGUGGUGCGUCUCGUAGAGGAGUGUAAGGAUGCUUUCGAUGUGCCUUUAGAGAAUGAACAUGUCUUUAUGGCACCAGUUUUUGAAGAAUUUUUUGUCGAAAUCGUAAAGAGUUUACGUCAAGGCAGCUCUGCAUCAGGAGUUGAGGUGCCUUUCGAAGGUUAUAUUAUGCGCGCUAACAAACGUGAAAUUCCCGUGCCAACACAACUUUUUAUUAAUGGUGAAUUUCUGAAUGCUGAGCGCAACGCCACCUUGGAUAUUAUAAAUCCCACCAAUGAAGAACUGAUUUGUAAGGUCGCUUGUGCAUCGCGCAAUGAUGUCGAUAAGGCAGUCCAAGCAGCUCAUAAUGCGUUUUACGGUUCGUGGAAGCAAGUGUCGGCACGUCAACGUGGCCAGCUUAUGAUGAAACUUGCUGAUCUAAUGGAGCAAUACAAAGAGGACUUGGCCACAAUUGAAUCUGUGGACUCGGGUGCAGUAUAUACGCUGGCUUUGAAAACACACAUCGGCAUGUCCAUCGAUGCAUGGCGCUACUUCGCUGGCUGGUGUGACAAAAUACAAGGUAGCACCAUACCAGUGAACCCAGCUAGGCCCAAUAAUGUGUUGACAUAUACAAAGCGCGAACCAAUUGGUGUGACCGGUUUGGUAACGCCAUGGAAUUAUCCACUCAUGAUGUUGUCUUGGAAAAUGGCCGCAUGUAUUGCCGCCGGCAAUACCUGUCUGAUCAAGCCAGCACAAACAUGUCCAUUGACAGCGCUUAAAUUUGCUGAACUUACUGUAAAAGCUGGUUUCCCACCUGGUGUUAUUAAUGUAGUUCCCGGUCAAGGUUCCGGCGCAGGUCAAGCCGUUGCCGAUCAUCCUUUGAUACGUAAAUUGGGUUUCACUGGCUCAACACCCAUCGGAAAGGUGAUCAUGAAGUCUUGCGCUGACUCCAAUCUCAAGAAGUGUUCAUUGGAGUUGGGUGGCAAGAGCCCAUUGGUUAUAUUCGCUGACUGUGAUUUGGACAAAGCCAUUAAGCAUGGUAUGUCAUCGGUCUUCUUCAAUAAGGGUGAAAACUGUAUUGCUGCCGGUCGUCUCUUCGUUGAAGAUCGCAUUCACGACGAGUUUGUACGCCGUGUUGUUAAAGAUAUCCGGACAAUGACCAUUGGUGAUCCUCUAAAUCGUUCCACAGCGCAUGGCCCACAAAACCAUAAGGCGCACUUUGACAAAUUGAUUGAGUUCUGUCGACGUGGUGUUAAGGAAGGCGCCACCUUGAUAUAUGGUGGUAAAGCUGUACCUAAUACCAAGGGUUACUUCUUCGAGCCGACAGUUUUCACUAAUGUCGAGGAUGAAAUGUUCAUUGCCAAGGAAGAAUCUUUCGGUCCCAUUAUGAUUAUUUCCAAGUUCAAUGGCAGCGAUGUGGACUCAGUGAUGAAGCGUGCUAAUCGUAGUGAAUACGGUUUAGCCAGUGGCGUUUUUACGAAGGACAUCAGCAAAGCUCUAUCUUUUGCCGAACGUAUUGAGGCGGGUACGGUGUUUGUGAAUGUUUACAACAAGACUGAUGUGGCGGCGCCAUUUGGUGGUUUCAAACAAAGUGGUUUUGGCAAGGAUUUGGGGCAAGAGGCGCUAAAUGAGUAUUUAAAGACAAAAUGUGUGACGAUUGAAUUUUAGAGCGAACCAGCAAUGGCGAUACCGUAAAAUAAGUAAGAAUGCAAUGGAAGGCUGUAAGAGUAGUCGGCAUGAUACAUAUAUAAAUGUAGGGCAGCUAUUAAAGACUUUUAUGAAUUUACGUGAAGAAUGCUAAACAGAAAAUUGGUAGAAGUAAUAUUUUUGAAAAUAAUUGUUUUAUAUUUUAAUCAUAAUUAUUAUAACUUGUUAUACAAGUAAAUAUUUGUAAGUUUACUUUAAAAAUAUUGUUAUUAGAUAUUGUACGGAAAAUUUCCAAAAUAAAAUUUUAAUUAAUUAAA